AUGUUUGAAGUACCUAUAGUAGCUCGCUCCCAAUCUUGCUUUGAAAGAAUUAUAUCAUCGCCUCUUGCUGAUAUAAUAGAAGAAAAUUAUGAAAACGAAUGCACUCAGCCUAAAGAAGAAAAAGCUAUAAUAGAAAACUUGCUACGUGAAAAAGAAGAAGAUGCUCACCUAAUUAAAAUGCUCAAGGGAUAUUCGUUUUCACUGCAAAAGAAAAUAGAUAGCAUGAAAUCAGCUGUGAACGCCCUGAAUGAUGAAUGUGAAUCAUUGAAGAACGCAUUGACUGAAAAUGAUAAUAAUAUUAGUAUCAGAUCAAACGGGCUAUUUGCGAAAGCAAUUGAAGCUAGAAAUAGGAAAGCAAGCUUUUCAGGGAAUUCGAGUAAUGAAAAUGAUAUUUAA